AGACGCGUCUAUGGAAUUGGUAUCAAUGUAUCAAUUUACGCGUCUCCCUCGAUAUCUUGAUAGAGGUAUUCAUCCUCCACUUUGGAUAUUUUUUUUUAAACAUCGUCAUCCGGAACUAAAUCGGCUCUACCAUUGACUCGAUUUUAAUAUUAAUAAUUGUGCCUUUCUUUUUACUACCUCUAUAUUUGGAUUUGAAAGGGUAAUCUCUACAUGCUAACAGUCAUGGACUCGCCAACCUCGGAGGUACAAACCGAGUCGAGAGCCGCAAGGAAACCUCAACGCACUCGAGUUCUUCGAACUUAUGGAAAACGCAAUUCAACGAAUGAACCGCUACAACCUACCUCGAAAAGGCGAUGCAUUGAGAAUAUCAACACAGCUACAAUAUCGAACGAUGAGGCGAUAGAGUCGCCUUGUAAUACUAGCAUUCCCCCUUCGCCUAUUUUACCUCCCAUACAACCUAUAAGAAAAGGCACGAUCAUGAGCUACUUCAAGGUGGUUUCAUCAUCAUCAUCAUCAUCGAGUUGCGCGCUGAAUUCGUCGGAGCCAUCCUCUGAGCCAGUUGAUCCCAUAAAUACACCUCCAUCGUCCCCUCCCAUGUCUACCCUGCCGCGGAAGAAUCGGCGGAGACUCACUACUCGUAUAACAUCUCGAGCUGCAUCGGAAGAAUCAAACACAGAAGAAGCGACAAAAGAGGAUGGAGAAAAAGAAAGAACCAAUGGUGUUGAUACUAGGUCUAUAUUGUCAACCGACUCACCACAAGUUUUAUCUGAGGUUUCCUCGGCGAUACUCAACCUGCCUGUCACAGAGCAAAAAGAUCAGUCGGACACUAAGAAGCGCGAACGGAGCAUGAAGAAGGUUUCUAAACCCGCUACAGUACAAACGACGUUAAGUCUUUCAAUCGAGGAUAAAGGAUUCAUUGAAUGCAACGAAUGCAAUAUGCUAUACAACCCUCUACACAAGCAAGAUGCGAAAUGCCAUGCUAGGCGUCAUGCAGCAAUGCUGAAGGCGAAGUCGAGUACCUAACCUAUGACAAUAACGAAAUACUGGAUUGAAUAACAUCAUUUCAUUAUGAGGAACCACACCGCCAUUCAAACUAUGCAUCACAAUAGUCAAUAUGCAGCUUUGGACUAUCCAACUUCAAACGUAAGCUAGCUAACGAAUACACUUAACUACCUACUUAGGACCUAAAGGUUUUACCCAUGAUACGAUGGAUACGCGUUAAGUAGUAGAGCAGAUGUCAUACUGUUUACUAAGUUAUACGGUAUCCAAGUAUUCCGAUUCACCCUCUGUUC